UGAAUUUUUAUUCCCAAAAUAAACAUAUUACUCGAAAAUUAUUUGUAUUUAUAUAGAAAAAAAUUGAAAAAAAUAAACUGAUCAAAUUCAAAAUUCUUUGAUUUAGAACAAAAUGUUGAAGACUGGUAGUGAGCCUUCUAGAUGUCGCCUAGUCGCCUUUCAUAUUAUUCAUGCAUGAAAAAGCUUCCGCUACCUUUCUUUUCUAGUUUCACGGGCUCAAUUUACGAGUCGUGUGCGAAUUAAAGGUUUUGUUUCAUGAAUAAUUUUUGAUCUUCUAAAUCCAAAAAUGCCGUCUGAUGCAAAGAAAAAACAAGCAGCAAAAAAGAAAGAGGCAGCAAAAGCCCGACAAGCAGGACCUGCUAAGAAAACCACGAAAGUGGAGAAUGGAGAAACCAAUGGCGAGAAUGGAAUUGAAAUAAGCGCUGAAGAGCAAUUAUGUCAGAAAUUGGAGGCUGAUGCUAAACUAAAUGCGGAGGCCAGAUCCUGCACAGGAAGUUUGGCUGUCCAUCCACGCUCUCGAGAUAUUAAAAUUGAUAAUUUUUCAAUAACAUUUCAUGGCUGUGAGCUGUUGCAAGACUCCAUGCUUGAGUUGAAUUGUGGACGUCGCUACGGUCUGCUAGGUCUCAAUGGAAGUGGAAAGUCAACUUUAUUGUCUGUUCUUGGUAACAGAGAAGUUCCUAUUCAAGACCACAUAGAUAUAUUUCAUUUAACUAGGGAAAUGCCCGCUUCCGAUAAAAGUGCUCUUCAAUGUGUGAUGGAAGUGGACCAGGAAAGAGUCCGCUUAGAAAGAAUGGCCGAGGAAUUGAUUGCUUGCGAAGAUGAUGAUGCUCAAGAACAGCUAAUGGAUGUUUACGAGAGGUUGGAUGAUAUAAGUGCAGAUACUGCUGAAUCUAGAGCCGCAAAUAUUCUCAAUGGUCUUGGCUUCACUAAAGAAAUGCAGCAGAAGAAGACCAAAGACUUUUCAGGUGGUUGGAGAAUGAGAAUUGCCCUUGCCAGAGCCUUGUAUGUGAAGCCGCAUCUUCUGCUGUUGGAUGAACCAACCAAUCACUUGGAUUUGGACGCUUGUGUGUGGCUGGAAGAAGAACUCAAAACGUAUAAAAGAAUAUUAGUGAUUAUAUCACAUUCGCAAGAUUUCCUAAAUGGAAUCUGUACAAAUAUAAUUCAUCUGAACAAGAAGCGACUCAAGUAUUACACGGGUAAUUACGAUGCGUUUGUGAGAACCCGGCUUGAGCUGUUGGAGAAUCAGAUGAAGCAGUACAAUUGGGAACAAGAUCAAAUCGCACACAUGAAGAACUACAUUGCCAGGUUUGGUCACGGAAGUGCCAAGUUGGCGCGCCAGGCUCAAAGUAAGGAGAAAACACUCGCGAAAAUGGUCGCUCAGGGUUUAACCGAAAAAGUCACCAACGACAAGAUUGUAACCUUCUAUUUCCCUUCUUGCGGCACAAUCCCCCCUCCGGUCAUCAUGGUCCAGAAUGUCAGCUUCAGAUAUAACGAGAGCACACCUUAUAUUUACAAAAAUCUCGAAUUUGGAAUUGAUCUGGACACUCGGCUGGCUCUUGUGGGACCCAAUGGUGCUGGAAAAAGUACCCUGCUGAAACUGCUGUACGGUGAUUUGAUCCCAACCGAAGGAAUGAUUAGGAAGAACUCUCAUCUACGAAUUGCCCGUUAUCACCAGCAUUUGCACGAAUUGCUGGAUCUGGAUAUUUCUCCCUUGGAUUACAUGUUGAAGUCUUUCCCCGAGGUCAAAGAAAGGGAAGAAAUGCGAAAAAUCAUCGGACGUUACGGUCUCACUGGUCGGCAGCAGGUGUGUCCGAUCAGGCAGCUGAGUGACGGACAGCGAUGCCGGGUGGUGUUCGCGUGGCUGGCGUGGCAGGCGCCGCAUCUGCUGCUGCUUGACGAACCCACCAACCAUCUCGACAUGGAGACCAUCGACGCCCUCGCCGAAGCCAUCAGCGACUUCGAAGGCGGCAUGGUCCUCGUCAGUCACGACUUCCGUCUCAUCAGCCAGGUUGCUGAAGAGAUUUGGGUGUGCGAGAAUGGAACGGUGACAAAGUGGCAAGGAGGCAUCAAGAACUACAAGGAGCAUCUGCGAUCCAAGAUUCUGAAAGAUAGUCAGGCUAGAGAUGGACCUCAGAAAAAGAAAUGAAUUGUCUGAGAACCUUUUGGAUUCACACAAGGACACCCAAGUCUCAUCAUCUGAAAUAAAAUUCAAUCACAAUCCAUGUGGAUCAAUAAGCUAAAGCAUCUGAUUAGAAACAAAUUAUGGCUGGUGGAAGUUCAAAUUUAAAUAUUAUAACACAAGAUUCUGUUGAAGAUAUUCUUGAACAUUUUGAUUCGUCUCCAACUUACUAUAAAAAUGAGUUUCUUUAAUUUCAAUAACUUUUUAUUGACUUUAAAAUUUUUAGCAUCAUUUUAAAUCAACUAUAUAGAAUUGUUAUAAAUGAAACUUAAUAACUUAGUUCACUGGCUGUGUUAUUUCAUUAAGUUUUAUUGUUAUCUCAGUAACUCAUUUUUAAUGUUUUAUUAAUUUCAUCAAUAUAGUUAUUUCUUUCAAUUUUUUAUAUGAGUCGAUAGUUGUACAGUGAGCGCUAAUUAUAUUGUUCUUUAAUAGAUUUGAACGACGUAAAACCUUAUUGAAAAAUUGACCGUCCAUGAAUGAAAUUUACAGUUCAUCAUGCAAUUAAUUUGAAUUUCAAUGUAAUACUUAUGGAAUUUAAGAACUUGUAAUAAUUGCUAGUUCAGUUUUUUAUUAAUAGUUUUGAUGCUAAUACAUUGAUUGAAAUUACUAGCUCAAUCUUGGAAUCAUUUUUAUUAAUAUUUUAGUUAUAGUAACGGAACAAUUAAUUAAAAUGUAUUAAAUUGAGAGUUUUUGAGAGAAAGUAUUUGCUCAUUAUUUAUGUGAAUUCAUUGAGAUAUUCAUGAUUGAUUUUAAAUCAAUUGUGAAAUCUUAAUUUUUUUCAGGAAUUUUAUACUUGAAUUCAUUGUUUAGAAUAAUGAUUCAAGAGUAAGAAUAAUCAAGACUAAGAAUCACUUGACUCUUUCAAAAUCAUUCAAUUGUUUAAAUUACCUAAUAUUGCUUUUCUGCUGAAAAUGUAUUGGGUAAAAAAGUGAGCAAGGGUCAACUUGAAUUAAUUUUCAGCUCAAAAUAAGAGCAGUUUGCAUCGUAAUAAUUAUUAACAAAAGCAAUCUUAUCAAAAACAACUCAUGUCUUAUGUCUCGUUAUUAUCGGCUCUUAUUGAAAUUAAUUUACUUUUCAAAUUACUAUUUAGUGAGAGAAGCUGUGCUCGACAUUACAUACUGUACUAUAUUUCGUUUAUAUUGGCAAUCAGCAAUCAGCAAUAACAAUAAGCAUCACAUUCAAAUUUCAUGUACUCAGCUUGAAAUGAAAUCAUGAUAUUAUUACUUUUAGGGUUUCAGUUAACAUUUUAUGAAUGAUAAUCAUUUACGAUAUUAUUACUUUUAAGUUAUUUUAUCACAACCUAUAGGCAUUUUUAAAUAUCAUUUAUUUAAUUUAUUAUAUUCACCAUGAGGGUAUUUUCUGUUUUUAUUAUUUUAUUUACUGUAACAGGUUUUAAUAGUCGAUUUUCAAAUUUACUUAUUGAAUUGUUUUGAAAAAAAAUUGUCACUUGAAUAAAGACCAUUGCUGAAAUUUG